CUCUGCCGCGAACCUUAACGUUCUUGUCGACUUCCCGGAUGCUCGUGCACCCAUUAGCAUCAGUAACCUGCCAUACCUAAUAUUAGUCAGGAAUGCCUUAUUUUUCUCACUUUCUGACGGAUUGACGAAGUAG